AAUUCUAAUUCAGAGAAUAAACUCUUGUAGUAAAGAAGACAUGUGCCGAGUCUGACUUCGUGUGCAAAAAUGGUCAGUGUGUUCCUAACAGAUGGCAGUGCGAUGGGGACCCUGACUGUGAAGAUGGUUCUGAUGAAAGCCCAGAACAGUGCCAUAUGAGAACAUGCCGCAUAAAUGAAAUCAGCUGUGGCGCCCGUUCUACUCAGUGUAUCCCAGUGUCCUGGAGAUGCGAUGGUGAAAAUGAUUGUGACAAUGGAGAAGAUGAAGAAAACUGUGGCAACAUAACAUGUAGUGCUGAUGAGUUCACUUGCUCCAGUGGCCGCUGUGUCUCCAGGAACUUUGUGUGCAAUGGCCAGGAUGACUGUGAUGAUGGCAGCGAUGAGCUGGACUGUGCACCACCAACCUGCGGCGCCCACGAAUUCCAGUGCAGCACCUCUUCCUGCAUCCCCCUCAGCUGGGUGUGUGAUGAUGAUGCAGACUGUUCGGACCAGUCGGAUGAGUCUCUUGAACAGUGUGGCCGCCAGCCAGUGAUACAUAUGAAAUGUCCUGCCAGCGAGAUCCAGUGCGGCUCUGGCGAGUGCAUUCACAAAAAAUGGCGGUGUGACGGAGAUCCUGACUGCAAGGAUGGCAGUGACGAGGUCAACUGCCCCUCCCGAACCUGCAGACCUGACCAGUUUGAAUGUGAAGAUGGCAGCUGCAUCCAUGGCAGCAGACAAUGCAAUGGCAUCCGAGACUGUGUGGACGGCUCUGAUGAAGUCAACUGCAAAAACGUCAAUCAGUGCUUGGGCCCUGGAAAGUUCAAGUGCAGAAGUGGAGAAUGCAUAGACAUUAGCAAAGUGUGUGACCAGGAGCAGGACUGCAGUGACUGGAGUGAUGAGCCCCUGAAGGAAUGCAAUGUCAAUGAAUGCUUGGUCAAUAACGGUGGCUGUUCCCAUAUCUGCAAAGACCUAGUUAUAGGCUAUGAAUGUGACUGCGCAGCUGGGUUUGAACUGAUAGAUAGGAAAACCUGUGGAGAUAUUGAUGAAUGCCAAAAUCCGGGGAUCUGCAGUCAAAUUUGUAUCAACUUAAAAGGCGGUUACAAGUGUGAAUGUAGUCGUGGCUAUCAAAUGGACCUUGCCACUGGCGUGUGCAAGGCAGUAGGCAAAGAGCCAAGUCUGAUCUUCACUAAUCGGAGAGACAUCAGGAAGAUUGGCUUAGAGAGGAAGGAAUACAUCCAGCUUGUAGAACAACUAAGAAACACGGUGGCUCUAGAUGCUGACAUUGCAGCUCAGAAGCUAUUUUGGGCUGAUCUAAGCCAAAAGGCCAUCUUCAGUGCCUCAAUUGAUGACAAGGUUGGUAGACAUUUUAAAAUGAUCGACAAUGUCUAUAAUCCUGCAGCCAUUGCUGUUGAUUGGGUGUACAAGACCAUCUACUGGACUGAUGCGGCUUCUAAGACUAUUUCAGUAGCUACUCUAGACGGAGCCAAGAGGAAGUUCCUGUUUAACUCUGACUUGCGAGAGCCUGCCUCCAUAGCUGUGGACCCAUUGUCUGGCUUUGUUUACUGGUCUGACUGGGGCGAGCCAGCUAAAAUAGAAAAAGCAGGGAUGAAUGGAUUUGACAGGCGCCCACUGGUGACUGAUGACAUCCAAUGGCCUAAUGGAAUUACACUCGACCUUGUCAAAAGCCGCCUCUACUGGCUCGAUUCCAAGCUGCACAUGCUAUCUAGUGUGGACUUGGAUGGCCAAGAUCGGAGAAUAGUGCUCAAGUCUCUGGAAUUCCUAGCUCAUCCUCUUGCACUCACAAUAUUUGAGGAUCGUGUCUACUGGAUAGAUGGAGAAAAUGAAGCAGUGUAUGGUGCCAAUAAAUUCACUGGGUCAGAGCUGGCUACUCUAGUCAACAACCUCAAUGAUGCCCAAGACAUCAUUGUCUACCAUGAACUCGUUCAGCCAUCAGGUAAUGUGAAGAAACCUACUCCUUAAUGAUCAUGCUAAAGC